UUUUUUUUAAGACAUCCAAUAAGAUACAGUUCAACCACUGCCAAGUUACCACCUACUAUUGCUUUCAUUAACCACCAUGAUAGUGUGGCCACCAUCAUUUCUCGGCUUUACUUCUAAACUUUCAAGAACCCUUCAGAAAAUCACCAACUCCAAAUGAUUUCCCAAUGACCAAUUAUUAAUAUCAUGGGAAACUUGUAAUGAUGAAGCAUUUCAGAGAAACUUGUAGAGUCCCAAUAAUUAUGCGAUUCAAAGCAAGAAGCUGAGUUUUAUAUCAUCCGUCCAAGGAAAAUAUUAUGGCGAUGAAGAAGAACCAAAUAGUGAUUGUUAACAAUGGUCAAGGAUCUUGGGACGUUAGGUGCAGCUUCCAUUCUCUGGUUGCGCUUCUUGUUAUGGCCUUAAUCGCUGGGGCAAUUUAUCUGACGGCACAAAGUGGACACUUGUUAACUGAUCAUCUUUAUAAUACUAGUACUGCUGCUGCUGCUGCUAGUAGUAAUAAUGUUGAUCAUGAUGAUGCGUAUGUUCAUGUUCAUGAUGAUCAUCAGGAUGAUGUUGAUGAUAAUCGUGCUUCUUCGAACUCAUCGCCGCAAUGCAAUUUGUUUUCAGGGAAAUGGGUAUUCGAUAACCAAUCUUACCCGCUUUAUAAAGAGCGUCAGUGCAAGUUCAUGUCUGAUCAAUUGGCUUGCGAAAAGUUUGGAAGAAAGGAUUUGGGAUACCAGAACUGGAGAUGGCAGCCUCAUCACUGUGAUCUUCCGAGGUUCAAUGCGACGGCAUUGCUAGAAAGAUUGAGGAACAAGAGGCUUGUGUAUGUUGGAGAUUCUCUGAAUCGAGGCCAAUGGGUAUCAAUGGUUUGCCUUGUGGAGACUAUGAUGCCUCCUCCAUCUCCAAAAUCAAUGCACAAUGACGGCGGCAACUUGAUCACUUUUAAGGCCAAAGAGUACAAUGCUACAAUCGAGUUCUAUUGGGCGCCGUUGCUCUUGGAGUCCAAUUCCGACGACCCAACCCACCACCGGUUACCGCAACGCAUAGUAAGAGCCCAGAGCAUCGAGAAGCACGCUAGGCAUUGGACAGACGCUGAUGUACUCGUCUUCAACACGUACCUUUGGUGGAGACGGCCCAUGAUGACCAUCUUGUGGGGUUCGUUCGGAGAAUCCGAUGGUAUCUACAAAGAUGUUGAGAUGUUACGGAGCUACGAAAUGGCACUCAAGACUUGGGCUGAUUGGUUGGAGAUCCAUGUCGACCGCAACAAGACCCAAUUGUUUUUCGUCAGCAUGUCUCCCACACACGAAAGGGCAGACGAAUGGGGCGGGUCGAAGGGCGAAACGUGUUACGGGGAGACUGAAAUGAUAGAGGAAGAGAAUUACUGGGGAAACGGGUCGGAUCCAAAGAUGAUGAGAAUAGUAGAGUCCACCAUUAACGACCUCAAACACAAAAGAGGCUUGAAUGUGCAAAUGAUUAACAUCACCCAGCUGUCUGAAUAUCGGAAAGAAGGCCACCCUUCUGUUUACGGCAAACGAUGGCAUCCUUUGACGCCAGAACAACUUGCUAACCCGGCAUCUUACGCUGAUUGUAUACAUUGGUGUCUUCCUGGAGUUCCUGAUGUUUGGAAUGAACUCCUUUAUGCUUACAUCUUUAAUGACUCCUUGUAAAAUUGACUUGCUUGGCAGAAUACUAAUUUUGUAAUGAUUAUUUUGUAUAAAGAUAUAAAAUAAUCAUUGUUAAAUGAAGAUUCAACCCCCUUUUCCACUUAUUUGAAUCUUCAUUGAACUAAUAUCCAAAUUUAUAGACAAUAAAUACAAAAAAAAUGAUUCUCUUAAUUAUAUAGUUAUUGGAAUCACUCAAAACAUACGUAUGUUCGGCUACUUAUCAGAUCUCUACCUUAUUGAAAAUUUGUAAAUUUUUUGAAAGGAAUUGAUGAAUUGAGAGCAAU